UCAACUUGGAAGUGUCAAAAAGAAAGACGUGAGUCAAAAAUUUGAUUGAUUUAUUUUUUGAUCUAGUAAAUAUUUGUUAUCACUCAUCUAUGGUGCAAGAAGCUGAUAGCUGUGGUGUUGUUAACUUUUGAGGCGGGAGAAUGGCUUUGGCGAGCGGUCUGCGGCCGCUCCAAGUUUUUAUUCUAUUAUUGAGUGCCAGGAUUUUAUCUGUCUUUCUGGUGCAAACCUGGUAUGUUCCUGAUGAAUACUGGCAAACAUUGGAAGUGGCCCACAAACACGUAUUUGGUUAUGGAGAAUUGACUUGGGAAUGGCAAAAAGGCAUACGAAGUUACUUAUAUCCAAGUGUAGUUUCAGCAAUAUACUAUGCUUUGAAAUUAACCAGCCUCGAUUAUCCUACGAUUGUGGUACUGGCCCCAAGAAUUUUUCAAGCUGUUCUAAGUGCUUUUGCGGACUACAGCUUUUACAAAUGGUCAGGAAAUCGUAAAUGGGCACUGUUCGUCAUACUAACAUCAUGGUUCUGGUUCUAUACUGCAAGCCGUACACUGCUACAAACAACGGAAACUGCACUGGUUGCAAUUGCACUGUCUAUGUUCCCAUUUAAAGCAGGGAAACCUAGUUAUUAUGAAAAAGAAGACAACAGAUGGGUGUGGAUUGCUUGUGUGUCAGUUUUUGUUCGCCCCACUUCUGCACCGUUGUGGAUUGUUCUCUCAGUGUAUAACUUAAUGACAACCAAUAAGGGGCCACUCAAGCAAUUGCUGUCUACAUAUUUGCCUAUUGGUAUUCUUUCUUCUGGAGUCCUUAUCGGACUUGACUCAUUUAUGUAUGACAGACUAAUUGUGACACCUUGGGAAUUUUUCAAGGUCAAUAUUAUUCAGGACAUUUCCUCAUUCUAUGGAGAACACCCAUGGUAUUGGUAUUUAACUCAGGGUUUGCCUGCAGUACUGGGAAUCAGUUUGCCCUUGGUUCUCUGGGGUAUAUUGGCAGUGGUCCGCAGACCAAAGGAACACAUAAUUGGUGUGGUCAUUCUCACAGCAGCUGCCUUUCAUAUCAUAUUGCACAGUUUGAUUAGUCACAAGGAGUUCAGAUUCGUCCUGCCGCUGCUGCCGAUGCUGAUGUACCUUGCCCAAGAUGUCAUCGUGCCAUGGAGUAGGAAAGCUAAAAAAUGGCAACUGUACACCCUAGCCGGCUUACUAGUGGUGGGUAAUGUAGCACCUGCUUUCUACUUUGGUACCGUACAUCAGAGCGGCCCGCUGCGAGUGAUGCCCCUGCUACGUGAGGAGAUCAAAGACAAUAAAACCUCUGUACUGUUUCUGAUGCCUUGCCAUUCAACACCACUUUACAGCCACCUCCAUGCAAACAUCACCACCCGCUACUUGCACUGCGAGCCCACAUCUGCCAACACUGAGGCAGAGAACUUCUACAACAACCCGCUGAGCUGGUGGCGUUCCGAACUAGCCAGAAAGCAGCCGUACACCCUGGUGGUAAUGUUUGAUGUGCUGCGUGGACGACUCGAGACUGUGCUGGCCGACUACGAGUUACUGUAUGAUGUACCACACACCGAGCUACCAGAAGGUGAAGUGAGUGAAAAAAUUCUGGUGUUCAGAAAGUUAAAUAAACGUACUGUGCAGCCUGAUCCAGUUGUGUAAUUAUUAUAAUUACAUAAUAUUACACUCUUACACAUGAAAGCUCUAUUCUAUAAUGUCAUUACACUUAGUAAUCACAGGAUAUUUUCGUGUGACACUUGAAACAAUGCCAAAUCAAAUUUUUUAUUUGAUCCAGUGAUAUUAUUUCUACGUGGAAAGGUUUUUGGGUUAAAAGGGAUUUGAAUAAUAUCUUGUAUUGCCAGAAGAAGAACGCAUGAAACAAAAGAAUUAGUAUUUUUUAAAUGAUCUUUAAAAUUAAAUGAUUUUAUUUUAAAAGGAUAUUGAUGUGCAUAUUUCUAAAAUUUUGUAAUGUUAACAUUAAUAUUUGUUUACUGAAUUUUAGAAAAAUAAAAUAAUAUUCUAAUGGCUUUAUAGAAUAGAACAGUAGUGGUUUUAGAAAACUUAAGAGACAUAUUUCUGUAGGACAACUUUUAACUAAUUAACACAGGUGAAUUGUUUCCUGUGAACUGGUACUGUUUCUUAGCGAGAAUUAAAUACCUUAUAAAUAGAGAUGGGAUCUAUAGUCGAUUAAUCGGAUACCGGAUAUUCUAACCAUUGUAGCUUGUAGCUGUUAUGUUAAACUUAGUGUUAGGACGCGCUUGAAUGACAUUUACGGCCUUACAAAUAAACUUGGUAUUAAGUUAUACCUGAGAAUAAACCAAGCAUAUGCAAAAAAAAAUACAAAUUGAUAUUUUGCAUAUGAUUGGUUUAUUCGGACGUAUAACGCAUCCCGCGUUUAUUUACAUUAAUAUUAACACACUUUCGCGCGCGUAAUCAACGGAUUUGAAGCUCAGAGGGAUCGGAUCGCGAAAGGUUUAUAAUUAUCAUUGUAUUAACAGUGUUUUCAGCGCUUAUAGCUAACAUUUUGUGUUUACUCGGUUUAUUCUCUGGUAUACAAAGUUUAUUUGUAAGGCCCUAAUGUAUUUAUUUUUUCAACUUAAUUUAUCUUAUGUUAAUAAGAAAUUAUUAUUGGAUAAUAGAAAUUCACCCGAUACGGGCUAUCCGUCGUAUCUCUAUUUAUAAACCAUCGUUUAAGAAGUCUUUAGACUAUGGAAAAGUUUUAUUUCAUGAAUGUUGGGAUGACAAAUUAUCAUUAACGUUGUUAUGCAUUUCUAUUUCAUUUUUAUACAUAUUUUUGUGACAAAGAAUGUGACAGGAAUUUAGCCUCUACAGUUAUCAUUUAAUAUUUUUUUAUUCAUCAGCUGCUCGCCGUACAGUUUAUUUUCGUGGCUCACAAAGUAUUCAUUCGGAUUUUAUGCACAAACUAAUAGGUAUUAAUUUUUGCCUAAAAUCCUAAUUUGUUUAAAAAAAAGUAGAAUUAGACCUUACAACAUGGGCAAUCUGGCAGUGAAAGUUAUGUCAAAAUCAAUUCAUUGAUUUGACGGAACAAAUUGACAGACUACUGAUCUUUUCUGGCUUUAUUCCGUGUUCAUAUUCCUAUGCAUUUCGUAAAAAAAUUAUUUUUACAAUAUAAACACACUUUAAUUUUAUGCGAAGAAUUUGGUUUGUAGUACAAAAUCAAGUUUGUACCCCAAAACAGUAGUAAUAGUUAUUAUUAUAUAAUUGACAUUAUUUUUUAUGAUAAAGACAUUAUUAUUAUUAUAUUUUUUACAUGUUUCCGUAGUAAUUCAAUGAUAAAAAUUCAAUUGAUAUUCAUAUCAUUAAUUAAAAUAGCUGUACAAUGAUGGAUUAUUGACAUAAUUAUUGCAUUAAAUUAAUUAUUUAAAUGUGUUAAUUAAAUUUAAAAUAUAUAUAUACAAACAUACAAAAAAAUUAAACAAAUUUCAUACAUUUUUCAUUUCAUUUAUUCAGAAUUUACUUUUAUUAAUAAAUAAUAAUUAAUUUUUGUUUCUAAGUUUUGAUUAGUGUUAUUGUGCUGCGAGUGUCUAAGAUUAUAAUAUUGUGUAUUUCACAAAUCCAUGAACUUAUAGCCAGAAAUCUUGGCACUCUGGCUGUCAUCAAAUGAGAGAGCGGUAUUGCCGAUGUAGCUAUCUUGCUCACAAGUUCGUACAUGGGAAAAUGUAUAAUAUCUACUAUUAAAUUUUACUCGAUUAUUCAAAUAUUUUUUUUGCAUUUCGAUCAUAAACAGUAACGGGUCGAAUUAUUCGAGUGAUAUCUGUAAGUAUUUGGAAAACUGUUUAAUAUAAAACAUAAAUACGUUUAUAAACGAAAAAAUAUGUAUUUGUAAUAUUAUAUUACUGUGAGAAAUUUUAAUAUCGAAAUUAAAUAUUCGACGUUCUACUAUUAUAACAAAAUUAUUGACCCCGCGUGCCAGUAAUUUAUUGAAUAGUAUAUAUCCUAUUACUAGUGUUAUAAUACUAUAACAAAUAUACUUGCCAAAGGUUCAUUUAAGAAUACCUCGGGUUUUGUAAUUGUACUUCAAAUGAUCCUUUCAUUCGUGUGACGUAAAUAUUUUUACUUUAGUUUGUAGUUAUGGUGCACUGCAUUUUUCAAGAAAAGUGUAUUAUCACAGAUGUCAUAUUUGACAUCUGUCAUGUUUUGAUUUGACACUUAAUAAUGAUCAAUUUCUUUGUUGUCUACAGUCAUAAACAUAUUCUGCUGUAGUAUAUAAUGUCAUACCCGUGUCUCGAAUUGCUCUGUGAGUAUUAAGGCAAGGGAUAUAAUAAGAACUAAAUCAAGUUGUAACUUAAAAUCAUAGCAGUAAUAUGUUAAAUUGUAGACAACAUUAUAUUUCUUAUUCGAGCAAGCCGAGGUGCAGACAGACGAAUUAUUUAUGUACCAUAGAAAUUAAAAUAUACUCUUUUAUAAUUAAUGAUUGUUCUAUAUAUCAUCUCGAGACCACCGAUUUAACAAGUUUGAAUAUAUAUAUUAUUUUAUUUACACUUUCUGUUGGGACUUGAUGCAUUUGCAACAUUAUUUUUGGUGAACUAUAAUCAUCUUUAAUUAAAUUGUAUUUUUAAUGAUCAACCUUAUAUAUUCAAUCUAACACUAUCUGGUAUUUGUUUUGAAAUCUAUUAAGGAUACUGUGUUAUUUCAGCGGUUUGUCAAACUAAUAUGGUAAGAUUUUUUAUUUGUCAUUUCGUUUUGUGUACUACACGGCCACAUCAUCUUUGGACCUCCUCACUGGGACUUGAAGCCCUCUCUCGUUCCCCUUUCAUCCCCUCGCUGUCGUCCUGUUGCGUCAAUACGGUUUGCAGUUCAAUACCGUUACAUAUUCAUUGCUUUGUUUUUGAAGUCAUUGUUAUGUUUUGACUUUUGUUCUGACAGAAAAAUAGACACUUUUUUACUUAACCCAGAUUCUUACACUAUUUUUUCAUCAUUAUAAAAGUAAUAAUCAGCAAUAACAACAACAAAGCAUACAAGAUUUUAUGACGAUACGUCACUCGAAAGGUUAGCUCAGUUGGCAGAGCACUGGCUAGGAACGCCAGAGGUCGUGGGUUGGAGUCCCGCAUCGUUCAUAAAAUUUUGUUUUCAAAUUUUAUUUGUGUAUUAAUCCUAGAAGUGAGGUUUAUCACUUUAAAAACAUAACAAAUUAACCUUUACAUUAAUCAGUAAUUCAUAAAUUAAAAUAAUUAAUAAAAAUGUUCUAGUGAUGCUUGUUUUGCACACCGUAAGGCUUCGUUCACACGGCAUUGUCCUGCACGUUUUUUUGCAGUAUACGUCUUAACGUAUAAAUAGUGACCCUAUAACGUUCAUAGAAUCAUUCACACGUCGAUUGUACUUCAAAAAAACGUGUACCGCUUAUACGUUUAAACGCAUACUCAACGAUCUUGUCAAGCAAAUCGAAUGAACUUUGACGUAUUCGGUUCGCAGUGGCAUAUGGUAUAGCUUUGCCUCCUUCACACGACACGAUGUCAUACGUGUUUUAUCGAAUAGCAACCGAAGAAGCGUUUAGUACCUGAGCGUCUUUUGGAGGGGUGGCAGCGUGGAUCCAUCAGUGACGUCUACUCACUGUGACAACUGUGGAAACUGUGGCUAUUCGUUUAUACACGAAUGAAAAUUUACCAUAUGAACACCCGGUUGACUAUACGUUGAAAAACGAUUACAGAAAAACGUGCAGGACAAUGCCGUGUGAACGAAGCCUAACCAAGCGACGAUGUGACGUCAUCGCCGUCUGAUCCAGAGAUGACGUAACCGGGUAGUAGUGCUUUCUGUUGUCUUGUCUUGUGGCAUGUGACUUCGAACAACUCUCGUGGCGAGUUGCACAUUUAUUAUUGAUAUGUACGGUUCUCCAAAAAUAAUGCGAAACGUUAAUCAAUAUGACACAAAUUUAGUAUCGAAUAUAUUGAUAAUUAUAUACAUUGGCUUAUUAUUAAUCUUAGUAUAAGGUAUUUUGUGCUAAAUUAAUGUAGCUUUAAGAUUGGAAUUGCAAUAGAUAUUAUGAUAUAGUACCUAAGCUUAACACAUUUUGCUCAAGGUUCAAAGACGAGUAAGUAAUGUUUUCCUUAGUGGAUUAUAUCAUAUUGAAAUGUUUUUAUAUACUUAUAUUGUAAGAUUAACAUAAGGAGUAUAAAGUAUUUUCUGUUUUAGAGGGAUAUUAUUUUCAUUGUGUAGAUGACAAUAUGAAAUAAUAUUUCGAUUUAUUUUGUAUGCAUCAACAUAACACGUUUUCUUUUAAACGAAAUUUUUGUUAUAUACAUUUUUUUAUUUGAAAUCUGCGUACACCUACCCUAAGAGUGGCAACGAUUCUGUGAUUCCUCUGAUGUUGUUAAAGUCUUUGUGACCUUGAUCACACAUCAGGUGAUCCCCUACACUCUUCCAUUAAAAUAUACUGAAUAUCAUGUAUUUGAGCAAAAUAUAAGUAAUUUUAAUAUUUUUUAAUGUAUUGAUGAAUUUUAACCUCCUGUCAUCUACCCGAUAAAAGUAAUAGAUUAAUUCCUUUCGUGGAUUUGUGCCCUAUAUGGGGGUUGUGUGUUAGUAUGUUUUUAAAGACGAGUGUAAUAGGAUAUUAAAUAUUAGGUUGGAAAAACAUUAAAAGUGUACUAACUCUGAGGCUUAGACGUGGGAUUAAUACCUUUUUUCUAUAAACAAAUGUAUUUAUACAAACAUGUCCUGCACGGCACAUUGCAGUUUCAAAUCAUAAAACUGCAUACUCAAUAUCUAUACUAAGGCCAGCGAGUUGUGAUAAAAAAUGUAAACAAACGGACCGUUACUAAGUUACAUUGCAAAAGCGACCGAUUAUUAUCUCCGUCCCUAUCACUCGUACGCAGUAAUGGCGUCAGUUGGACGAUGAUAGCAGUUGUUUCGUGGUACAGGAAAGCAGUCGCAGUUGUCAACAUUUAGUCCGCCAUUUUGUGAACAAAUUCAUUCCUGUUUGUAUUGCGUUCGAAGUGAUACGUAUUAUUACGUUUUCGUAUUUACUUAUCAAAGUUAUCAAAAAUAUGAUUAUAUAUUAGUUUAAAACUAAAAAACACGCUAAAAUCCAAAAAAAUCUCUUUGGUAUUCAAAAAUUUCCUAAUAUUAGAUAAAUCGGUUAAAGAUAAUGGUUAAAAUAUAAAAUUAACAUCAAUUCCUGCCUUAUCGACGAUAGAUAAAAUUUAUAUAAAUUAACAAAAAUCUUAUUUUGCAAAUUGAAAAAUGGAAUAAUUUUAUCAAAUUAAUGCAUUGUCAUCGGUUCUAAAUAAAUCUACGAAAUUUGAACGAAAGCUGGCCGUUUAAGCUGGAUCAAAAUAGCGUCCAAAUGAGACGGUUACAAACAAACAUACAUACAGGUGAAGCUAAUAAAAAACCGUGUAAAAAUAUCUUUAUCUUGUCUCUUUGGCCUUCUGUACAACUGUCUCAAUAUGUGUUUUUCCAACCUAUUUAUCUAUUGCUAAAAAAGAAACGGGAAUCUAAUAUGGGCAUACUGUGAAUAUAUUUAGAAGUUUAAUUUCAAUGAGUGGCAUUGAUUUUCUUUCCAUGUCUUCUCAAUAAAGCUCUCAAGUUUUCCUAAAUAAUGGACAGAGUUCAAAUUUGUUGGAUAAAGUUCUGUUUAACAUUUUUUUUUAAUUCUGAAUAAAUAAUUCAAUUUGUAUAAUAAAUAGUCUGGAUGUAUAUUGAAUGAAAAUGUAAGUUGAAAAGAUAAUUUCACUUUCUUUUUAUAAUUUGUUUGUUACAAUAGAAUUCACAACACUGAUAAAGCUUACAAAUCUUAAGCUUAACAUCAGAUAAACGGAAAGCUUAUUUUUUUACACCACAUAAAAAAAAUAUACUUGAACCUUGAAGAUAAUUUAUGCGUCUAGAAUCUAGAUUGAGCCUCUUUCUACUUCUAUAAGGCAACGCAUGAUAACAGUCCUGGUUUAUGACGAUUGUGUAUGACACGUUACGUCUUACACUUUCCAUAUGUCAGUCAAGUGUGCGUGCGUUGCUGAAAAUAGAGGCUAUUUUUACAGUUACAGUUAGCCGCUAUUUUUUUCAACGUGUACACAUCUGUCACAGUCAGUCUAGGCGCAUGAAUUAUCUAUGAAUUGAAUAUAGGCACUAUCACAUUGCAGUAAUUUUUGGAAAUAUGAAGGCAAUGAAACUAACGAACUAUAAGUAAAUGAUUUUAUAACACUCAUGUAAUAUACUCAUAAAACAACCGAAAAAUGUAUUCCGCGCUGUACAUUGAGACAUUGAAAUGAUGGAGACGUAAAAAAGACAGCUAGUGUAUGCCACUGUCCAAACUUUGUGUAAACAAAAGUUACUCACUGUCAAAAUGCGUCACAAUUAGGACACUUUUGACGCAUCGUACAGGAAUUGCGCGCGGUAAUAUCUGCUUCUUUUUAUAUAUAAAAAUAUCAUUCCCAAACAUAACAUAUAUUCACAGUAUGAUAUAUUAUGUCUCUGCAACAGCUAUGGGGUUCUUAAGAAAAAAAAUUGUAGUAAUAAUAUUUGAAAUUUUGAUAAAUUUACAUUAGAAUUUUAGAAAAAGUUUUGUUGUUGUAAGAUGUCUUUAGUGUGAAAUUUAAUAAAGAUUUUAUUUUACGGUA